UUGUCUCGUAACUCGUAUCUCGCACGUGUACUUACGUACGUGGCUCAAGUGUUGAGCGAGGGCAGCCAGGCGGCGAGGCCGGAGCGCGGCGGCAGCGCAGCGCGCAGCAAGGCCACCUCGUGCGCAGCAGCGUAUCUCGUAUCUCGCACGUGUACUUACGUACGUGGCUCAAGUGUUGAGCGAGGGCAGCCAGGCAUCGAGGCCGGAGCGCGGCGGCAGCGCGGCGCGCAGCAAGGCCUCCUCGUGCGCAGCAGCGUAUCUCGUAUCUCGCACGUGUACUUACGCACGUGGCUCAAGUGUUGA